AUGCAACCUUCACGCUCUCAACCCCGCGGCCCGGGCAGCUUCAAUCCUUUAUCCAGCUCUUCUGCCCAACCUUCGCAGCUUUCAACAGCAUCCUCGAGACCUGCUCUACGCCGAGUCGAAACCUCAGACGGCGAAGACGAGACCCCCCGGCCGUCCAUAACAAUACCCAAGUCGCGACAACCCUCACAACCGCAGCCCUCGUCUCCCGCGACGCCGAUAUACGCUCAAUUCACGACACAUGGAAACUCGAGUACGGCGAGCUUAGGCCACCAUAACUUUUCGAGGCCUGCGAACUCACGGUCCGUCACGCAAGGGUCGCCGGCGACAUUGGUCAAGGGGCAUGCGCGCAAGCAUUCCGCUACACAAGGCUCAUUCGAACCUACCCUACCGUCCAUGAGCACGUCGAAUCUAUCUUCGCAUCUCGGAAUGUCUCAUCAAAACCCAUCAGCCACUUCUAUGUCCGCCGCAGCGGCGGCUGCUGCGGCUGCUGAACUCCAGUCACCUUGUAAUAUCGUAUCUCGUAUGCCGUCUUCUGCUUGA